UCGUGGCCCCGCCCCUAUAAUAUAAGGGGCGGCCUCAGCGCGGCCCCGAGCGCGGCCGCCGCCUCUCCCGCAGCCGACCCGCGCACGGGCACCAUGGCAGACCAGUCUUUUGUGACUCUAGCCACAAAUGACUCCUAUGUGAAAGGAGCACUGGUACUUGGUUCAUCCUUGCAACAGUACAGAACAACAAGGAAGCUGACUGCGCUCAUAACUCCUCAGGUCUCAGAUCUUAUGAGGAGAGUGCUGGAAAAGGUCUUUGAUGAAGUCAUAUUGGUAAACGUCUUGGACAGUGGGGAUUCAGCACACUUGGCAUUAAUGAAAAGACCCGAGUUAGGUGUCACACUAACAAAACUUCACUGCUGGGAAUUGACACAGUUUACGAAGUGUGUUUUCAUGGACGCAGACACAAUGGUUUUGUCAAAUAUUGAUGAGCUUUUUGAGAGAGAGGAGCUGUCUGCAGCACCAGAUCCAGGUUGGCCUGACUGUUUUAAUUCAGGAGUUUUUGUUUACCGACCUUCCAUUGAAACAUACAAUCAGCUGUUACAGUUUGCCACAGAGAAAGGCAGCUUUGAUGGUGCAGAUCAGGGGUUAUUAAACACCUUCUUCAGCAGCUGGGCAACAACAGACAUGAGCAAACAUCUACCAUUUAUUUAUAAUUUGAGCAGCACUUCUGUAUAUUCCUACCUUCCAGCAUUUAAAGCGUUUGGUGCAAAUACUAAAGUGGUGCAUUUCCUGGGAAGCACAAAGCCAUGGAACUACACAUAUGACUCCAGAACAAAAAGCAUAAAAGGCAACAUGGACGACCCUAAAAUAGUUCACCCAGAAUUCCUCAACAUGUGGUGGGAUACCUACAUAGCUGAUGUUUUACCAUUAUUAGAACAGCAUGGAAUUGUUAAAGAAAUUACUACAGGUGUAAACAUGCUAUCGGGCUUGGUCUAUACUCUGGCUUUCUCUUGUGGCUUCUGUAGAGAGGCAGAAGUUACAGAGGCAGUGUCCCACUUAUCAGUAUCACCAGUAUUACCAACUGAAUCUUCAGAAGAACGCAAGGAACGGUGGGAACAGGGCCAAGCUGACUAUAUGGGAGUGGAUUCCUUUGACAACAUCAAGAAGAAACUUGAUACCUACCUUCAGUAGAAAUGCCUGUCUCAAACAGUGGUCAUGCAAGGACUUGUUCCAGAACUAACAGCUAGAAAGGUAUAGAUGGUGGUCAGUUACACUUGCUAGUAGCUUGAUGAAAAACUCCUUGGCUGAAGGCCUCUGCAGUGCUACAGAUGAAGACUGAGCAAAAGCUAGGAAGCAGAAUUCCUUGGGCCACCUAUUACUGCCCAAUUUCCAAUUCUCCCUACUAGAUAAAACCAGGUAUUUUCAGCUUAAAUUUUUUUCUGUUGUGAUCAAUUGGCUCAAGAUAUUCCUGAAACUGGGUUUGUUGCCUCACCUCAUUAAGGUGAUUAGCAUUGAUUCCUUUGCUUGCUGUUUUAGAUGUAAAAUCUAAUUCAUGAGAUUGCUCAUACACUGGAGUGGUAGCCAUUCUGCUUUACCAUAAAUGUAUAAAUGACACUGGGAUACAUACAGCUGUAACAGUAAUAGCACUGCUUUGCUCUUCCAGUCACAAUUGCACUGAAAUUUUGACCAGGUUCUUACGCACAGUGCCUACAGCAUGGCAGAAUGCGUUUUUCAGUUCUGUAUACUAUGGGACUAGUAAACUGAGUUUUAUCUGUUCCUUGCAAUGUUGCACUUGAUACAAAAAUAAAAAGUUGUCAUGCAUUUCUGUCUUCCCUAAACUCUUGAGCAAUUAAGAAAAAGGGAGAUCCAAAGUCCUCCAACUAAAAUAUUCAAGAGUAUAACCCUUAAGCUUUGCUAAUGCUACUCAGGUUCUCAUUAGCAAAUGUCCAGCUUUUAGUUGUGUAAUUAUUUACAGAGUAGACAGUAAUUUGCUAGGAAGCUGUUUAGGGCCAAUCCCCUUAUUAGCUUGCCCUAAGUAUAGGAUAGAGCAGUGGAGGAAGUACCUGCUGAAGCUACUCACAUUAGUAACAUGGAGUUUGGGAAGAGGGCCUCUUUCUUUCAAGUGACUAAAGAAACAUCACCUCUAACUUAAGCCCUGUACACUGAACUUAGUCUUACAUACAGUGGAAAUGCUGCUUUGGCAAAGAAAGAUUACACAGCUGCUUAAGUAACUGUACUUUCUUGAUUAGGAAAACUAGUCUUUCCAUGUGUGCAGAGAGUAAAAGGAAGGGCUUUUUUUGCCACACUCGGGCUACACAUACUGCAAGAUACAUGGGAAAGCAGUAAAAAUAAAGUAUGCUGAUGACAGAGAUUGGCUGAUAUCUAUACUAAGGUUCAGAUUUAUGCUUUAGCGAAAAGUCUAACCAGAACAAAAUUAGUGUUCUUAGACAGCUAUACCCUGUACUAGUCCAGAAACAUUAAGAAAAUAUUUCACUAUUUUCUAAUAGAGGAGGAUUUUGGCUGGAACCUAGUGAGAGUGCUAAACUUUUUAACCUAGAGAUAAAAUAAAUAAUCAACAAGCUCUCACAAUUUGGUGGUAAAGCAGAAGACAUAAUAUGGGUAUGAGAGUUAGUCUGUUUUAACUUGUUUUCACUACUUAAUUGCCCUAAGAUCAGUUGGUAACCAUUUAGGAAAAAUCCUAAAAGAUGAGGUCCAAAACAAAGUAGCUUGUAGCUAUUUAAAAGUACAUAGUAUCUGAACUCCCAGUUGAAACUAGCCCUUUCCUGUAUGUUUUUUUUUUUUUUUUUUUUUUUUGCUGUGGGUUUUUUGUUUGUUCGUUUUGUUUAAAACGUAUACAUUUGAAGUUGUGUGAAAGUAGGAGGGAUUACUAGUUACAGUCUGUAAUGACAAAAGUAUAUCAAACAAGUACUGGAGUUCUGCAUGCUCACAGAAUACUCUAUGGAAAAUAGUAAAAUACUCUUUUCAAGACAGCUAAACAGUUUUAAUUUUCCUCCCCUUGUCUGUAUUCAUACUAGAGAAUAGGCACACUGCAUCUUUUUAAACCUAGUUGGAGAGAACCAAGAACAUGUAAAGGUAUGAGACUUACUACCUGCCUGAAAAUUUGGGUUAGCAUGUAAAUUUUGUUAUGUUAAUACAACAAGGAGAGAUGCUGAAUCAGAUGAAAACCUGCAUGUUUUGGGUUAACAAAUAUAGCUAGUAAAGAAAGAAAACCUGUAAAAAUCAUUCUGUCCUAGCCUCUGUAACUCAUACUAUGGUCAAGUGUUUACCCACAGCCUCAGGAAAGCGAAAGGUAUGACAUCUAUACCAAAUUCUAUGUAGCUUAUUCUCAAUAAAAUGACCUUUAUGUCAUUAUCUGCCACUAUUUUCUCCACAAUUGCUGCAGGCAGCUUUUGCAGAAAAGCAGAGAUCCCUUUUCUUCUCUUGCAAUAGUAUCACUUGAUUCAUCAAGCAGUUUUCUGCUCUGAAUGGAAGGUACUCAAAGCAGUAACUGAUACCAAGCAUUAUAUUCAAACAUCACUAUUCAGAAAAAUCAUAGGGUGGCUUAGACUGCAACUCAAGUAUUGAAACUUCAUUGCCUUUAUACAGCAUAUAAUCUAAGGUGUUCCUUAGAUUGUGACAACUCAGAGCAACUCUUGGGAGUUUAGAAGCAAUUUUUACAUUUACAUCUUUAUUUUACGCACAAGGUAAAAAACCCCAAAAAAUCAUAAUGAUAGACUACUAACUCAGUCUUUGGAAUUAAAAAUACUUCCAAAAGCUCAUUUCUAGAACAUACACAAACUCCACAAAAGAGAAUGUCAAUAGCCAAAGACUACUCAGAGGUCAUGAAAAGCAGAAAUAAACUCCAAACAACCAGAACACCGGGGGUUUUAACCACCCGAGUAACUGAAGGGCUCCAUCAAAUCAGACAGGACUUUUCUGUUCUCAGCUUUGACCUUUAUCUGUUCUCUCAGAUACAUUAAUGACUUUGUUGGCAGAUAUCAUAUAGCUUAGUACCACCUUCAGUAAGUUUUUAUUUGGCUUUGGAACAUGGAAACAAUCGUCUAAUAGAAGAAAAAGAUACUAGUAAUUGUUUUCAUAAUGAUAACUAAGACAUUCUGCAAAAUGUCAGCACAUUUUCACACAAGCAAUGAUGUAGCUUGACUAGCCAAAGAAAUGUGUCUCUUUCCUGUGGAAUUUUAACUUGGUGAGUGGAAAUAAUGAAACAAAGAGAAAUCUUUCCUUCAUAAUCACAAAUUAUUUCUCCAGCUUAUCUCUAAAUAUCAGAAUCUGAACUAGAAAACCUUUAUGCAAAAAACUCCC